UGCAAUAUUUAAUAAUGAUAUUAGAGAUUUGGCGGAGUUGAGAAAACAAGUUGGUUUCGACGUUAAAAAUGGAGAUGACGUAAAAUUUAUUAUCAAAGGUGGUUUAAAAAGUAAAGUGGAUAGUUUUGUCCAUGAUUUACGUGAACUGUAUUCAAAACAACAACAAAACUCAACAAUCUCAACACAGUUCAAGCAAUCUUCAUUAACGGAAACAAAAUCAUUGAACAAUAUCAGGGUUUUUGCGCCUAAAACUGCAAAAACCCCAAGGCUUUUCUAUUAA